ACAUCAGGAGGAAACAAAAAACCUCGCCAUGGAUAUGAGAGUGCAGUGGGCACAGCUGUGACUGCAUAAAGUCAUAAAAUCCGAAAACAAGUUGUGCAGACUGUGAUUUUUGCCUUUUCCGGAUCAGAUGCUGCAGAUGUGUUAAUCCUGAGGACCGAGCAGACCCCCUGCACACAGACUGGAGGAUGAUCCCCGGGGCCCCCAGCACGACCACCACCAUGCUCCCCGCCUCCGAGGCAGCCAAAAUCUACCAAACCAAUUACGUGCGCAACUCGCGCGCUAUCGGCGUCCUGUGGGCCAUAUUCACCAUCCUUUUCGCCAUCGUGAACGUGGUGUGCUUCAUCCAGCCGUACUGGAUCGGGGACGGCAUGGAUACACCGCAGGCGGGUUACUUCGGUCUGUUCCACUAUUGCAUCGGGAACGGGCUGUCCCGGGACUUGACCUGCCAGGGCAGCUUCACCGAGUUCAGCUCCAUCCCCUCCGGUGCGUUCAAGGCCGCCUCCUUCUUCAUCGGCAUGUCCAUGGUGCUGGUGCUCACUUGCAUCGGCUGCUUCGCGCUCUUCUUCUUCUGCAGCACCGGCACCGUAUACAAGAUCUGCGGCUGGAUGCAGCUGGCUGCAGGUACAUGUCUGAUCCUGGGCUGCAUGAUCUACCCGGACGGCUGGGACAGCGACGAGGUGAAGCGCAUGUGCGGCGAGCAGACGGACAAGUACACGCUGGGGGCCUGCUCGGUGCGCUGGGCCUACAUACUGGCCAUCAUGGGCAUCAUGGACGCUCUCAUCCUCUCCUUUCUGGCCUUCGUGCUUGGAAACCGUCAGGACAGUCUGAUGUCUGAGGAGCUGCUGGGGGACAAGACUGGCAAUAACGCCAUAUAAUAUCUGAUCAUGGUAAAGCAUACACACACACAGGUAUUGCUGCCUAAACGUGAUGUAACUUUAGGAUCCAGCUUCUCUCUCCUGGUCCAACCUAUGGCUGGGAUGCAAAGCUGAUGUGGGGAAAGAACAGAUCGAAGAAGAGGAAGAAGAGGAGGUCUGAAAGACGCCACACAGCCUUGGUGGAGACCAGGAUGCCACUUGUCCUCUCUGAAAGCUGCCCUCCUGUAAAAUAGCCUUCUCAUUCAUCCCAAACUGCAUAUUUUUGCAGGAUGAAUUCUCAAAAAAGACUGUAAGUUUACCUGUGUUGGUAUGUCACUGCGUCAUCGUUAUCCAAGCUGUUCAAACUGAACUGUUUCUCCGUGUGGAUGUAAGGAACGCUGCGCAGGUUCAGCUGGAAAAAAUAUAUAUAUUAAAAGGACUCUUCUUGUGGUAAUUCAGCUCCAGGAUACACACCGUGAAGCGACAGCUGCUCAAAUCGAAUUAAAUCAAAACAAAUUAUACAGACUUUGACCGACACAAAUAAGGACUUAACAGACUCGAGGUCAAAGCUGUCAGAUCUUCUUUCUUAUCAAGUCAACAAACUCCCUGCAAAGGAAUUUGGCUUUGACACUGUUUGACCUCUGAUUCAAAGGAGAGCAAAGUGAGGGCUGAAGAAAGCGAAAAAACGAACAGAAAAAAAAAAUACUGUUUUGUUAUAAUUAAAUGUUUGAUGUGAUAGAAUCAAAGGUAGUAAUUAGAGGUUUUACU